AUGCUGGGUGAGCAAGAAAACGCCACCCUAGUGACCCCACCUGGCCUCUCUGCUGAGCACUGCAAUGCGUCCUUCGAGGAGAGCCGAGUCUUCCUGGUGGUGGUGUACAGCUCGGUCUGCGCCCUGGGCCUCCCUGCCAACUUCCUGACGGCCUGGCUGACGCUCAUGCAGGCCCUGCAGGGGAACGUGCUGGCAGUCUACCUGUUCUGCCUGGCGCUCUGUGAGCUGCUCUACCUUAGUACCCUGCCUCUCUGGGUCUUCUACAUCCAGAACAAGCACCACUGGACGCUGGGCCCGGCAGCCUGCAAGGUGACCGCUUACAUCUUCUUCUGCAACAUCUACAUCAGCAUCCUCUUCCUGUGCUGCGUCUCCUGUGACCGCUUCCUGGCGGUGGUGUACGCGCUCGAGUGCCGGGGCCACCGCCACCAGAAGACUGCCGUGCUCAUCUCAGUGGCCGCCUUUUUGCUUGUGGGGCUGGUCCACUACCCGGUGUUUGACAUGGCCGAGCAGGACACCUGCUUUGAGACGCUGCCAACCGACCUCACCAUCGCCCGCUACCACUACUCCAGAUUUGCCGUCGGCUUUGUCGUCCCACUCCUGGUCAUCGCCUUCACCAACCACCGCAUCGUCCAGAGCGCAGGGCAGAGUGAGGGCCUGAGUGCCGCCCAGAAGGCCAGGGUGAAGCGGGCGGCGCUCGCCAUUGUCUUCCUCUUCCUGCUCUGCUUUGGGCCCUACCACCUGGUGCUCCUAGCCAAAGCCGCCGCCUACUCCUACCACCAAGGGGACCGGGAAGCCAUCUGUGCCUUCGAGGUGAAGCUGUACACGGCGUCCGUGGUGUUCCUGUGCCUCUGCACCGUCAACAGUGUGGCUGACCCCAUCAUCUAUGUGCUGGCCACGGAGCACUCCCGGCAGAAGGUGUCCCGGGUCCACAGGGAGUGGAAAGCCUGGUCCACAAAGACGGACCUCACCAAGCUCAUGAGCCUCAAGGACUCUGAGGAGGCCAAGUCGCCCACUGCACCUGGGGGCUGUGAUGAGUUUCCCAGGCCUGGCGAUCUGCCCGUGAGCCCUGGUGGCACAGAAGCUAAGGAGCUCCACUGCUAA